AUGCCAGACAACCAAAGCUCAUCACUCGGCGGCCCGCGGGCAUUCGCCUAUUCCUCUCGCCUGCUCCACCGCCAUCCGACACAGCUUGCUCGGUAUGCCGUCAGCCAGCCGCUGUUUGCCCCCAUCCAAGUGAGCAGCCCCACGCGCACGCCGGCCUUUGCCGCCUUCCUCCGUCAGACGCUGACGGCCCAGUCACGCCCCUCGCAGUCCGAGUCGGCCAUCGACCGCAUCGUGGCCAUCCCCCACAUCCUCGAGGCCAUCGUCGGCUUCUCGUCUCGCUCAACUCAAGUGACGCUCCUGACCGCGUGCGGCGAGCUGCACCGUAUGGCGGGGAAGCAACUUUACCGCGUGAUCAAGCUCGACAUCAGCCUGGCAAACCCAGUCUUCGGAUUCAUUGGCAUCCUGGGUGGAGCGCUUAUCGGGACAGGCUCCCACCCGACGACGGACGGGUGCUGCGCCGACAGUGCACUCGACAGUAUGAUGAUGAACGUCCUGACCUCGUUCGACGAGACAUACACGUCUAGGCUUCGCGCCACAGCCAAAAUCGCCAACGAUACAUCCAAGAACAUUGCCGGUGACGUUCCCGUCGGCACGCGAAACUGGCAUACUCUCAAGCCAUACCCCACCAACUUCAAGCGGUCGUUGCUGGCAAACACCGAGGUCCUUACAUUGGGCACCCACCAUAAGUGUUUCUGUGGUUUAUUCACCGACCACUGGGCCACUCUCUUUCCAAAGCUCAAGACGCUGCGCGUUUCACCAAGAAAAUCGGAUAUUCCUUUCGUCCUACAGCAGACAUGUGACGGGUCCAGGCCGUGUCCUCUCCUGACCGGCGUCAGGCCGCGCAAGAUCGUCUUUCGCAACGUCGAUGGCGAUGGUUUCGUGGGCCUCGACAGCCCAAGGUGGAACAUCCCCGAUCUUGAAGCAGUCGUAUGCUUCCUCCCUGUCGACAAUCGCGAGUACCACAACCCUUUCGGACUCCUGCAAAACUUACUCAAGCACUUGAGCGAGGCGAAGGAGAUCAAAAUCGUCUUCUACGACAAGCAUGAAGGGGCGCUGGGAGCCACAGAGGUUAUGGCACGCAGUGCUGUCACACGGGAGAGUGUCAACCCGGACCUUGUUAUGAGCCUAUUGAAUGCGGUCCUCAUGAAUCAGCAGCAGAAGGUGCCGCUGGGCAUCGGGCACGACCCCAACUUUCUCCGCGAGUACCGUACUACAUUCCAAAAGAGCAACCAAGUGUCACGCAAGUGCACAGUGUACGGCGUCGGCACUCUGACGUUCACCGUGGAGCAGAGCCACCAGCUUUCCCUCUACAACGAAAUCUUUCCUGGGCAAGUUCUCGAUCGCAAGAAGAUCGUCCACAUCAUCAAGCAAGAAGCACCGAGCCAGUCUCUGUUCAUGAAAGCCACCUACCCCCAUCUACCUUUCGACAUGGAGGCGUGGGCGCAAGGUGGCGACAGUUUUGUCUUCCGCACCCUCGCCGAGUACAAGGUGGACUCGGCGUCGCGCUUCGCGGAGAUCAACGCCGAGGACUAG